UGUAAAACAUGUCAAACGUCCAUUUGUGCGAAACACUCCAUUUCCUCCAUUCCUUUUCAAUGUGAAAAUAAAGUUGUAGACUAGACCGGCAGCAAGAGAGCUCGGCAAUGUCAAAGCGAUAGCUAAAUGUAGGUCUUUUGGCACUUUCGAAUGAAGGACUCAUGACAGCUGACAGUGAUGUUAUUGAAGGCCACGGCAUGGAACGAAACAUUAGUGAUCAGCUUAACAAAGCCUACGAAGCCUAUCGCAAUGUCUUGAUUGAGAAAGACAAUGCCAAAAAGGAACUCCAGCAGAAGACGGAGCAGUUUGAACGAUACACUCAGCAGCUGAAGAGGAAGAUAGAAGACCAAGAGCAGCUGAUUUCAGAGCUGAAAGCACAGUUGAGUUCAGCAGUAAAGUAUCAUUCAGGGGAAGUGAAAUGUUGUGAGGCUGCAGACCGAAAACAGGAAACAGAAAGGUUGUCACCUAGCAAUCAGUGGUCUGGCAACCCCACCACUUCCCACAGGACUAACCAUGUCCUGGAAGCCAUGGAGUGUGCUCAGACGAUUCCCCGUACAGUACCUGGAAUCAGUGGCAUGAAGACGGAGGAUGUUCUAGAUGCUCUUCAGGAAAUCCAAGGGACUUUCCAGAGGAUUCAAACUCUCACAAGGCGACAGAAAGAUCACCUGAAAAGAAUACACAAAGGAAAUGAUACAGCAAACGAGCAAGAGUUCUCCAUGCCCAUCCAGUGCACUGACGACACAUCCGAACAAGCUGAGGUGUCUUUCACUUCCUCCUCAAGGUCAGAGGUCAAUGACCGUUUGACCUCUAGCUCCCUGGCGUCACGCGGCAUCAACCCAGAUGACGCUGAUUUUAUGUACGAUGUAAUAUUCCCGCCUUCUACAGACACUGAAUAUGAGUUCUUGCUUAGUGGCCCAGACGAGAGCAUACCCCUGUCCCUGCACAGGAAGGACCCGGUGGAGACUUUUUCAGUGAUGGAAGAGUCCAUCUCUCCAUUUUUGUCUUCUUCUCCAUCACACCUCCCUGCUGUGUCAGCAUCACAUGAAGCUGUACGGGGUCCGCAACAGCUUGUAUGGAGCCCUGAUCUCUCCUCUAUGGCAUCAGAAGAAUCAAGCAUGGAGCCUGCCACGACGGCCAGCCCGAGCCAGUGUGCUUUUUGCAAGGCUAUUGUUCCCGUAGACCUCAUAUACAGCCACCUCAAUUCACACUUCCAGGGCGAUUGACACAGCCAGGCACAAGGGCUGUCUACAAGCCAACGCCAUGCCUUAUUCAUGCCUUUGUUGCCUGAUCUCUCUACAAAACCAGUGUGCCACACGGCAGUCACUUUGGUUUUCAUUGAGAGUGUAGAGGAAGGGGAGGUCUCCGCGCUCACUUAUUUAAUUUGUAAAACUUUAAACGGUACAUUUUCUGGCCUUUACAAGUUAAUUACCCUGUCUGGUUUGCAGUGAGGGACUUAUGAAUGAGUUUGAAUUGUCCAUAUAAUAAAGAAAUGCUUCCAUUUUA